AUGCUCAAGGAUCGGACCGACUCGGCCGAGAAGCGGGAUCGUUCAUUGCGUAUGCGUGGCACGGUCAAGGUCCAAGGCAUAAAGGACUACGGAAAACGAGGAAAGCGCGACCGACGCAUUUCGGUUCGUGAGUUGGGAAGAAAGAGGAGCGAAGAUGAGCGUGAUCAUGCCAGCAGCCGACCCAUCCAGCGGGCGAUUCUGGAACCGCCUUCCAGGAGUCUUUCAGACCUAAGGGAACCUCUUUCAACGGCAACGGCUCCCGCUUUCGACGACAACGGCUCCCCUUUCACCCGAGGGAAGAAGCUCGACGAUGCACCCGAGCCAUCGCACGACAGAGCUCGGGACCCGAUUAACAGCUGCACCGCAUUAAUACUCAUCGCUUUCUCCGGCUUCAAGACGGCCCCGAGUGGUUGCAUUCUGCUUCUCGAGUCUUCGCGACUCGGAACAAUGGAAUCCCGUCAGGAACGAGGCCGUCGACGACCCACCUACGAGAGGAUCGAGGGUAUGAACAAGGGUAUGAACAAGGAUCGCCUUUUCCGUGCUCGGGCGAGCCUGUCUCCGCUCCUGCGUCCGACGGAGUGGCCACACGUCCCGGCCACCGCGGCUGGAUGGCCACACGUCCCGGCCGCCUCGGCUCGGGGCACGCCGACAAAGCGGACGAAUGAAAAACUCAUGCGGUCGGAGUGCCGGAGCGAGAGCGGGCAGAGCGGAGAGAGCAGCAGCAGCAGCCGACUGGAAUACGCGGCCGAGACCCAAGGCUUCUUCUUCCCCGAUCUCCACGUGAGUCUCCCGAUGUCUCCGGGUGCAGGCGAGUGGGCCAGAUUCAAACAAAGAAACGCAAUGCGGAAUGAGAUGCAGCGGGAGGUCAGCCUCACACUUCCGUCCGUCCGGAUCCCAAUCAAGACAAACGUAUCAGGCGGCCUUCGGAACCCCACCCGAUGGAAUCCAUAUCUCAUCCGUAUCUCAUCCGUAUCUCGUCCGUAUCUCGUCCGUAUCUCGUCCGUAUCUCACCCGUGUCUCAUCCGUAUUAUUCGAUACGCCCGUCUGCGGUUCGCACCGAUCGUUCGCUUUCGUCAGCGACGGGGAAUCAUCCCGUCGAAUGGGGAUUUAUUGAGGCUUUCCAUCACUCCCACUCGGGCUGGGGCUGGGCGGGAUCCGAACCGAUAUGCAUGGACCGAAAUGGAAUUUAAUUGCUUCUUCCCCGUGGAUUGA